AACAGGUUGCAAACAACAGAGUUGCGUGUUUGCAAAAGGAAAGACGAGGCGGUGACGACUCCAAUCAGCGUUUUUUUACGAUGGCCCCCAUGGCGCUGAACAAGCCGGCGGCCACGGUGUUGGUGCUGAGCUACGUGUGCGCCGUCCCUCUGCAGAGCCAGAAGCCGGGCCAGGUAGACCCCCUGGCGGUCCCCCGCGCCAACCCGCAGUGCUGGGACUCGUCGUCGGCGCUGCUGCUGGAGAUGCGCUCCCCGAGGGUCGCCGACACCGUGCCAGCCUUCUGGGACCUCAUGGUGGUCCUCAGGUCGUCGGACAACAGCAAGCACACGGCCCUGUUCUGGGACCUGGCCCGGGUCUUCUGGAUCAACUAUUUGGACUGCGUCAUGUCCAGGAGCCACGGCCUCGGACGCCGACACGUGACCCGCGUCCACUCCCUCACCACUGACGGUGAGUGUCCACGCCCACACAUGUUCCAUGCAGAGAAUGGAUUUUAA